GCGGUGGUGGUGGCGGCGGCGCGAUCGCGAUCGGCCAGGCUGUAACCGUCGUCCGUCCCGGGAGCGGCUGGAGCGGUAGCGGCGGCCGGGCACGGUGCGAGGCGACGCCACAGGGCAGCAGCGGCAGCGGGGGCAGCGGCGGCAGCAGGAGACGCAGCGGCGGCCGAAGCAGUAGCAGCAAGACGGACUCGUGGACACGCGCCGCCGCAGCCGCCGCCGCCGGGCCGGGCCGGGUGUCGCGCGCCGAGGCUGGGGGGGAGUCGUCGUCGCCGCCGCCGCCACCACUACCGCCGCCGCCGCCGCCGCCGAGGUGACUGAGGAGAGAGGCGCCUCCUCGCUCCCGCCGCCGCCGGACUUCAAUGCCCAGUCCCCAGCUCGCCAGCGUUUUUCGUUGGAAUAUACGUUGCACAUUUAUGGCGAUUCUGAGCGUGAGGGCAGACUUCUGCCAGGCUCAGCACAGCGUUUUCGCUGACAAGUGAGCUUGGGGGUUCUAUGUGCCAUAAUUAACAUUGCCUUGAAGACUCUGGACACCAAGACCGGCCUCAGAAAUUGUUGGCUUUUUUUUUUUUUAAUUGCAAGCAUAUUUCUUUUAAUGACUCCAGUAAAAUUUAGCAUCAAGUAAACAAAAGUGAAACGACCUACACUUUUAGCUUGUCUCACUAGUGCCUAAAUGUAGUAAAGGCUGCUUAAGUUUUCUAUGUAGUUGGUUUUUUUUUUUUUGGAGUCUGAAGGUAUCCAUCUGCAGACAUUGAGGCCCAAAUUGAAUUUGGAUUUGAGUGGAUUCUGCAUACUUCUGCCUGUCUUGAAGAGAGAAGUGUCAUAAGGAACAAACAAGUUGAAUAGAGAAAAUACUGAUCAACAAUAGGCAUUUUAGUGGUCUUUUUAAUGUUUUCUGCUGUGAAACAUUUCAAGAUUUAUUGAUUUUUUUUCAUUUUCCCCAUUACACUCACACUCACGCUCACACUUAUUUGCCAUAAUGAACCGUCCAGCACCUGUGGAGAUCUCCUAUGAGAACCUGCGCUUUUUGAUAACUCACAACCCUACCAAUGCUACUCUCAGCAAGUUCACAGAGGAACUUAAGAAGUAUGGAGUGACAACUCUGGUUCGAGUUUGUGAUGCUACAUAUGAUAAAGCUCCAGUUGAAAAAGAAGGAAUCCACGUUCUAGACUGGCCAUUUGAUGAUGGAGCUCCACCCCCUAAUCAAAUAGUAGAUGAUUGGUUGAAUCUGUUAAAAACCAAAUUUCGUGAAGAGCCAGGUUGCUGUGUUGCAGUGCAUUGUGUUGCAGGAUUGGGAAGGGCACCUGUGCUGGUUGCACUUGCUUUGAUUGAAUGUGGAAUGAAGUAUGAAGAUGCAGUUCAGUUUAUAAGACAAAAAAGAAGGGGAGCAUUUAAUUCCAAGCAGCUGCUUUACUUGGAGAAAUACCGACCUAAGAUGCGAUUACGCUUCAGAGAUACCAAUGGGCAUUGCUGUGUUCAGUAGAAAGAAACAAAUGAAAGCUUGCUUAAUUGUGGCAUUCAGAGGGAACUCUUGGUACCUGGAAAUGUGAAUCUGGAAUCUUACCUGUGUCAUCAAAGUAGUGAUGGAUUCAGUACUCCUCAACUCCUAAUAAUUGGGAAAAAAGCAAACAACAAAGAAAUCCCUCUAUAACAUGAAUAAAAUGUUUAAGAAAAGAGAAUAGAAAGAGGAAGGAGGGAUUAAUUCAGUGAAGGAUGAUUUUACUCCUAGUUUUGGAGUUUUAAUUUCUGCCAGGAUUGAAUAAUUUCAAAAUCUCUUUUUUAACUUUUUCAGAAUAGGUCUCUAAGGAAACCAGCAGAAUAUUAACCUGUGCAGAACCAUGUGUUUGGGGAGCACACUCUUCCAUUAUGCUUGGCACAUAGACCUCCCUAUUGUGGGAUUUGGGGGAGAUGAGGGGCAUGUUUUUCCCUUUUUCUCUCCUUUCUCAUCCUCCCCCCCCCCCAUACACGUUGUAAAUGGAAUAGAAGAAGCCCUUGUUGCUGUAGGUGUGUGUGCAGUCUGGCAGCCUUAAGCCCACCUGGGCACUUUUAGGAAAAAAAACAAAAACAAAAAAACAAAAACACCCAGAAAAAAAAAAAAA